UGCAUUUGCUAGUACACCAGUAGCCAUCUAGCGAGAGCCUGAAAUCGUAGGCCCCAACUCGUUCGAUCCACCAACUCUCGUUAUCGUUUUUAUUUUUCUACACUUUGAUCUUCCUUCAUCCAUUUUAUCGUUUUAUUUCUAUACGCGUAAGAUUCCGUGUAAGGAGAAAUCGUUCGAUCGAUAAUUAUUUCCACCCUCGAGGUGGCUUCGAGGGAUCGAUAGAAUCCACCUGUUAACGGAUCGACGAUCGAUCCGAAAACGGAAAGAUCAGCGGCGAAAUGGAUAACACGGAGGAUGUAAGGACAACGGUCGAAUUGUAUAUCUACGAUCUGACGAAAGGCAUGGCAGCUAUGAUGUCUCAUAUGUUGAUAGGCAGACAUUUGGAGGGAAUAUGGCAUACGGGGAUCGUUGCCUAUGGCAGAGAAUACUUCUUUGGUCCUGUUGGGAUACAAAGUGUCAGGCCGGGUGGUACGUACUUGCGCGAUCCGCAGAAAGUCGAGAAGAUUGGUGAGACCUAUCUACCUUAUUCGGUCUUCCUUGAAUACAUCAACGGCCUGGGAACAUCCACGUUCGCGCCGGGCACCUACAAUCUCUUCAGGCACAACUGCAACACUUUCACGGAAGAAGUAAGCAACUUUCUGGCGGGAAAAGGCAUCCCCAAAUACAUACUCGAUCUUCCAGAAGAGAUACUACAAACGCCCGUCGGACAAGCGCUAGGACCUUUGAUAGAAAGCUUAAGUAGCAACGCAAACGCGGGUUUCACGGUAGGCCAGAGAUUCGUAGAAGCGAGGAUCGAAAGAGAGGCUUCGCCGGAAUAUCAGCUUUUGAAUACGGCAAUCGAGGAGGCAAGAUUGAACUCGAUCGCAUUAGAGGAAAGGAGAAACGUGAUAAACGAAAAGCUCGCUAAGAAGGAUAGAAAAAAGAAAAAGAAAAAGAAGGAGAAGAAGGAGAAGGGAAGCAAAGACGGUACAGGGAGCGACAGUAAUAGCACAGGGACGAGCUAUUACGCGGACAUGGCGGAAAGCGAGGGUGCAGUGAGCGAGAUGCAAGCCGCGAAUGGUGCCACGAUGGAGAUGUUGCCGUCCGAUAGGGUGUUGCAAAUGGAGGAGGAAGAGAAACGGGAACAGGAAGAGAAGAAACGGCAACGCGAUCCUCCUAUAGUAUUUAAAGACACCGUCGACGUGAAGGCGGAAUACGAGGGGUUAGUCAACUGUUUAGAAGGGAAAUUAAACGACGAGGAGAGAACGUGCUUGAGCGAACUUCGACAGUACGUUCUAGAGAACGAGGGUUCUUGGGCUUUGGGAGACUAUUUUUUAAAUUUUGUGGGGCGCAUACUUUACGACAAAUCGUUAGCAACCGAGACAAGGGUGAAGCUCCUCGAUGUACUUUCCGUUGCCGCUUUGAAGGACGACGUAAUACUUCUCCUGCAUCAGGAUAGAAGGGAACACAUUCUUAUGAACUAUGCCUUCGAUAUAGAUCGUCAUCCACCGGAAGAACAAUUACCGCUCGCCGAGUUUUUGGCGAACAUGUUCGAGAACUUGAGCAGUUCCGAGUGGUUACUUUAUAUAUCCGAAUGGCAACAUCAGAAUCAGAGUAUCAGCAACAUAAGGGUGACGACGAAGGUGGCGGUCCACUCCUUGCUGUCCAAUUCUUUCGAGUUGCAAACUCGUGGUGCGGCCAUCAUCCAUAACUUAGCCUGCAAGGAGAAAAUGAACAAAAGCAAAAAUCUACGGAGACUUUUACCAAAAGGCAGCAUUUCUAAGGUAUUCGACGACGUGGCCGUUGAACUGACGAUGGCUUUGCUACAAUAUUUCAAUGGAAGUCCAGCCGAGGAACAGCUUUACGCGUGUAUGAAGUCCUUGGCGCGUUUCACGCAAAUCAGUGGACAGGAUGUACCGCAAUUGAUACAGAUGAUCGGACCAGAGCCAAACAAAUUUCGUGGAACUUCCGAGAGAGUUGACAAACUAAUCGAUCAAGUCAAUAAGAAGCUACGUUGAGGUAUAACUUGCGUUUUUUUCGGGGUCUAAGUCUUUAUAUUCCAAAUAGGAUGAAGCAUACGAGUGUUGUUGACUGACAGCUGAAUAGGAUGAAUUUUUACAUAGAGAUUUUAUUUCAAGCGUCUAUGCUUUUUUAAUAAUUAUCUGUUAUUAAUUAUUAUUGAUAUUAUUAUUAUUAUUAUUAUUUUUAUUAUUAUUGUUAUUAUUAUUAUUAUUAUUAUUAUUAUUAUUAUUAUUAUUAUUAAUGUUAUCGUAUAAAUUGUUAUCUCUAUUAUCAUUGCAAAUUAUUAAUAAUAUUGCCAUUAAAUUAUUAUUAAUAUUGCUGCGACUAGUGCUGCGAUUAUUUUUUAUGAGAUAAUUGGCGUUAGUCAAGGUUGCGUUUAACCACGUUUCUCUUUUUUCGCUUUUUUAUUAAAAAUUUGUAAUCGCGUUUGGAAUCGUGCGAAAGCCAAGUUGAGAAUCACUGCUACGUUCUAAAGCUACGAUAUUCGAUGGAGCGUACACGUAUGUAAGUUACUACCGUUGGCAGGCACAAUAAUCUUUUUAUAAGCCUCUAGCAUCUUAUCUUUUCCGUAACCACACAUAUUAUUCGUACUGAUUAAAUCUCGUCGAACGACACAGGAGAAGAUCUUUCGAAUUUAUUUCCAGAUCUUCUAAUCUUGUCAAACAACGGGCAUGAUAUAGAGAUUAGAUAAAUAAGAAUAUAAAAUUUCCGAUUAAUGGGAAAUACACAGAAAUGCACAAAGAUAUAGCCUUUAAUAUUGAAAACAAAAUUAUGUAUGACAUGUAAAAAAUUAAGAAUCAAACAAACAUAUUUUUUCCGACAAGACGA